AAUUUCCCUUCCUUUAUCUGUUUUUAUUAUUCUACUUAUCUGGGUCUGGAUUGUGUAAACAUCCGUAAAUCGUUCACCAUAGUGUAAAUCCGUCUCGUUAGUACUGCCGCCUUGGACCCUCCAGAGACCGUGACACCGCGGAGUUCCCUGCCAUGGGCCCGUGCCAGCUCCUCGCAUCCGUGCUCUUCUCUGUGGGCUGUCACCUGCUCUCCGCUACAGCGUGGUCUGUCAAUAAUUUCCUGAUGACGGGACCCAAGGCUUAUCUUACAUACACUAGCAGUGUCCAGGCUGGCGCACAGAGUGGUAUUCAGGAAUGCAAAUACCAGUUUGCGUGGGACAGGUGGAACUGUCCAGAGACCGCGCUACAGCUGUCUACCCACAACGGACUCCGCGGCGCCUCGAGAGAAACGUCUUUCGUACACGCUGUAAGUGCCGCCGGAGUCAUGUACACGCUCACCAAGAACUGCAGCAUGGGAGAUUUCGAUAACUGCGGCUGUGACGAUUCAAGGAUUGGACAAAUUGGGGGAAAGGGAUGGAUUUGGGGUGGCUGCAGUGACAACGUGGACUUUGGGGAAAACAUCUCCAAACUGUUUGUUGAUGCCCUUGAAACGGGCCAUGAUUCUCGAGCCGCAGUUAAUCUGCACAACAACGAGGCCGGGAGACUGGCAAUUAAGGCGACUAUGAAGAGAUCCUGCAAAUGUCACGGUGUGUCUGGCAGCUGCAGUAUCCAAACUUGCUGGUUGCAACUCUCCGACUUUCGAGACGUUGGAAACUACCUUAAGGUAAAGCAUGACCAGGCGCAGAAACUAGAGCUGGAUAAGAGACGGAUGCGUGCCGGGAACAGCGCUGACAACCGAAGGACCAUCGCGGACGCCUUCAGCACCAUCGCUCGAACGGAGCUGAUCUACUUGGAGGACUCUCCGGAUUACUGCAUCAAAAACUCCAGUUUGGGGCUACAAGGCACAGAGGGAAGGGAGUGUCUGCAGGGUGGCAAAAACCUUUCCCAAUGGGAGCGAAGAAGCUGUAAGAGACUAUGCCACGAGUGCGGGUUAAAGGUGGAGGAAAGGAGGACGGAGACUGUUAGCAGCUGCAACUGCAAGUUUCACUGGUGCUGCACCGUUAAGUGCGAAAAGUGCACUCAGGUCGUCGCCAAGUAUUUCUGUGCAAAGAGGGACAAACAUCGGAGACCCCUUAACAGCACGCGGCGACGACAUCGCGUGCAUGACAAUUAACGUUCCAAGCCUACUGUAUAAUGAGUCAAUUACGUACUUAUAUUUUUACAAUAUUUUAUUUACACUUUGAUUUAAAACCAAACAUGGUUAACAUGGAGAUAUGUUGCCUUAUGUUUCUUAUACUUUAAAAGCCAUUUACAUACGUAUUACCACAGUCGACGCAUUUUUUUCUUGCCUUAAACACAAAUCACGCACUUUUACUAAUAUUGACAAAUGUGUUUUCGUUCUAUUUAUAACAAUGUAAGAAAGUUUUAUUUUUAUAUGCACACGUUCCGCACGUUUAGUUUUUUUCCACAUGCAGCCUGUUUUGACUGUGGCAAUAUCAUAGAUAGGCGGCUUCUUAGAAUAGCAUAACUUUAGGAUAGUUUGUGAUUUUAUAAAUAAUUUGUAUAAAACGAUUAUUUUAAAGGUAUAUGACAACAUCUUAAAUAUUUGUUU